UCUUAUUCCAACUUUUUUCUAUAAUAUACAAUAAAUCUUUUGAAAAAGAAGAGAGUUCCAGCAUAGCAACCAUCCAAAUCCAUAAAAUGGAUCUAAACCUAUGCGCAUAUCACGAUUCUUUUCUUCUUAAAUCUACAAAAAUAUCAUCAAAAUGUCGUGCAUGCUACAAAAAUCACCAUGGCAACAAGCAAGGGUACAAGUGUGAUUUCUGCGAUUUUUAUGUGCAUGCGGAAUGCAUGAACAUCAAUAUUCCUUCUCGUCAUAAACAUCCUCUCCAGCUCAGACCAUGCGACAUCAAUUUCUCGUGUUGUCUAUGUGACACCAGAUUUUCCAAGAAAAACUUUUAUCAGUGUUCACGAUGUUCUUUUCGUAUAUGUAUCCCUUGUGCGAGAAAACCAUUGACGAUUCAUCGAUAUAAGACCCACGAGCAUACACUACACCAAAUAUUGAUGAAGAUCUCCUUCACUUGUGAUGCGUGUGGGUUGUGCAGUACAGGCUAUCCGUAUAUUUGUCAUCAAUGUUGUUUCAUCAUCCAUAGAUUGUGCAUCUUCUUACCACGUGUUAUAUGCAUCAAUCACCACGACCACCGUAUCUCUCAUGUUUUCUCUCUUGGUCUGGGGAAGUUCAUUUGUGGGGUGUGCGAUGAGCCUGUUAAUGUAGACUGUGGAGCAUAUUCUUGCUUGACUUGCUCUUCUGUUUUUCAUUCGAAAUGUGCAACAGAUCCGAUGUUUUGGGAUGAGAAGGAGCUUGAAGGAAUACCUGAAGAAGAAGAAAGCAAGCCCUUAGAAGUAAUAGAUCAAAAUCUGAUCAAACAUUUUAACCAUGAGCACAAUCUGAUGAAGCUUUCAGUAUCAUCACUAAGGCACGGGGAAGUUAUCUUGCCACAUGAGGAAGGUAAACAUUGUUUUGCGUGCACCCUUCCUCUAUACUCUAAAUUGUGCUACAAAUGCACACAGUGUGAUUUCAUACUCCAUGAUACAUGUGCUAACCUUCCUCGUAGUAAAUGGUUCUUUCUUAUCUAUGAGAAACUCACUUUGUCCCCCAAAAGCAGAUACCAUUUUUUCUGUUACGUCUGUCACCGUUAUUGUAACGGUUUCUCGUAUUCUAAUAGUGAGAACACAAUUAGUAUCGAUGUGCGAUGUGCUUCAGUUCCUCUCCCACUAAAACAUGAAAGCCAUCCACAUAAGUUGGUAUUUUAUGAUAACGAUCAAAAAGACGUGAGAUGUGAAGGUUGUGACUUGAGUGGUUGGCGUUUUUUACUACAUUGCAAGGGUAAUGAUGAUUGUGGCGGGUUAUAUCUAUGCUUUAAAUGCGCUACACUACCCACAUUGGUUAGACACAUAUACGAUGACCAUCUUCUUUCCUUACAGUACGGUAAGAAAAAUGAGAGUUCUACAUAUUGGUGUGGGAUAUGCGAAGAGUUAAUAAAUUCAAAUAGUUGGUUUUACAAAUGCAAUGAUUGUGGCUCCACUCUUCAUACUACAUGUGUAUUUCAAAAUCUAAUACUUUCAAGGCCUGGAUACAAUUCAACAAUGGAGGACCUGAGGCAAAUAACCUUCGUUCUUAACACUCGUCUUUCUCGGCCUAUUUGCUACGUUUGUAAGACCAGAUGUAUGGAUGAUUUGGUUCUAAUUGAUAAGGACGAGUCCAUAAAGUUAUUUGUAUGCUAUUCUUGUAGCUUUAAGUAUUAUCGUGGACUUUUACUACUAGAGGAAAGGUACCUGCCAUGAGUGUAUGCCACAAACAGUACUGAGAUUAUCUUCUAAUAUUUAGUCUCAUUCUUAUAGUAUUUAUGUUGUAAUAAAAUAAUAAAUAUAAAAUUGUAUUAAAAAAAAACCUUCACAAAGAUAUUAUGAAUAUUAGUAAUUCAAAUAGAUAACUAAAGGGAAUC